CCGUGGACUGCUGUCGGUGCAGUCCUCGGUGGUUCUCCCCGCAGCUCGGGAGCGCAGCGCCGUGUGGGCUUGUCAUUUUGGAGCUGGCGCAUCACUGAGCAUGGACGCGCUCUGAACAACCGCUCGCCCACCUCAUCCACGCAGCGUGAUUCCGGGCUUUUACGCACUCGACCAGGGGCUCACCAUGAUGUCGUCCUACUACCACACCGGCAAGGAGGCUGAUAUGGCAGCCAUGACAGAGCCGCUGUGUCUGGAGAGAGAUGUGUGCAGGGUGGUGGAGCUCCUCGACCGGUUACAGAGGAGUGGGGAGCUGCCUCCACCCAAACUCCAGGCUCUUCAGAGGGUCCUCCAGAGCAAGUUCUGCGCCGCCAUCAGAGAGGUGUACGAGCAGCUCUACGACACCCUGGACAUCGUGGGGGGGCCUGAGGUGCGCGCACAGGCUGUGGCCAAGGCCACAGUGGCAGCGUUCGCCGCCAGUGAAGGCCACGCCCACCCGCGCGUGGUGGAGCUGCCCAAGACGGACGAGGGGCUGGGCUUCAACAUCAUGGGCGGCAAAGAGCAGAACUCCCCCAUCUACAUCUCCAGAGUGAUCCCCGGGGGAGUGGCUGACCGGCAGGGAGGGCUCAAGAGAGGAGACCAGCUGCUGUCUGUCAACGGAGUGAGCGUGGAGGGCGAGCACCAUGAGAAGGCGGUGGAGCUGUUGAAGGCGGCUCAGGGCACAGUGAAGUUGGUGGUGCGCUACACGCCGCGUGUCCUCGAGGAGAUGGAGGCGCGUUUCGAGAAGAUGAGGAGCGCCCGCAGACGACAGCACACCGCCAGCUACUCGUCGCUGGAGUCCAGAGGUUAGCUGCCUGCCCUCUCCAGAGCUCCGCCCCUCUUCAGCCUGAUGGACGCCUGAGCCCCGCCCCUCCCCGAAGACAGCCCCGCCUUUCUGUAGCCCGCCGCUCGGCUCUGAAGCGGCGCAGUGUGCCAAAAUCACUCGCUCAGAAAUAGCUGGAGGCACCUAGUUUAGGUAUAGCAUUUAUGUAUAGGCCCAUAUUACUGCCACUUAUUUAUCCCAUAUAGCCCCAAGAAUAAACGUGUGUGUCCAGUAUGUGUGUGUGUGUGUGUGUGUGUGUGCACGUCUCUGAUCUAAUGCCAAAAAUAUGAAGUUAAUUUUAAAUGUUUUUUUCA